GGCAAAUAUAAGAAGGACCAUAUUUGGUGUUUAUUACGUGCUCGUGGUUCCAAAUUUACUCGCUCUGAAGGAGUAGGAGACGGCGAAUCAUCUCUCGCUCUCAUUCGUCUUAUUAUAAACUGCUCUCCAACCGAGCUUCUUAAAAGUUACAAUCUGAAGAACAAGGUCCAUUAAGGAAUAUUGAAGCACAAAGGAGUGGGGAAGUAGCAUAAAAGUAACAGCUUGCCAUUGAAAACACAUUUACUUUUUAAUAGUAGUGGGCAGUGUAGGACUUGAAUACACCUUUAUGAAGAGUGUUUUUAAUUUUUCCAUCACUGUGAAAUUGUGACUUUUUUUUGUGUAUAAAUAAUUUUUCUAAUUCUACAAAUCUCGAUUGGUUUCUUAUUAAAAACAAAAUCGAAAUGUUGCGAGCUCUGCUGAUAUUGGCAGUUCUUGUAGCAGUGACAUUAGGAUUUCCACAAGAAACUAAAGAAUCAGAGACACCAGUAACUGAAACUGAUUCGAAAGAGUGUUUGGAAAAUGCGAGACAAUUUUUAAAAAAAGUAAACGAUGAACUUGGAGUCUGGAAUAAUAAAGAAGUAAUAGCGACAUGGAAUUAUGAUAGUAAUUUGACAGACGCUAAUUUAGAUGAGAAAAUAAAAGUUUCGAGUCAAGCUGCAGCCUAUAAAAAAGAAUUGUGGGAAAAAGUGAAAAAAAUUCCCUGGAAGGAUAUAAAGGAUGAAGAUGCAAGGAGACAAUUUUCCAAAAUUAGCAACAUUGGAACAUCCGCUUUAUCCGAAGCUAAAUUCGAAGAAUAUGAAAAUAUCACGAGUCAAAUGUCGAAAAUUUAUUCAACUGCAAAAAUUUGCGAACUAAGAAAUCCAACAAAAUGUGAUUUGGCCCUUGAACCAGAAAUCACUGAAUUAUUGGCAACCAGUCGUGAUGCUAAUGUUCUUAAACAUAUUUGGAUUGAAUGGAGAAAAGUUUCAGCUGAAAAAAUGAAACCUUUCUUUCCUAGAUAUGUUGAACUUGGAAAUGAGGCAGCACGUUUGAAUGGAUUCAAUGAUAAAUCUGAAGAAUGGUUAGAUGAAUAUGAAGCCAAAGAUUUUCAGGAACAAGUUGAGACUGUUUGGAAUGAAAUUAAACCACUUUAUCUUCAAAUUCAUGCCUAUGUGCGAAGGAAGUUGAGAGCAAAAUAUGGAGAUGCCAUUGUCACCAAGGAUGGACCAAUUCCAGCUCAUUUACUUGGUAACAUGUGGGCCCAAACAUGGGACAAUAUUGCCGACUUUACUAUUCCAUAUGAGGGCAAAAUGUUGCCUGACGCCACUCCAGCUAUGGUUGAACAAAAAUACAAUGCAGAAAGAAUAUUUAAAUUGGCCGAAACAUGUUUUGUAUCAAUGAAUAUGAGUGCAAUGCCCGAAUUAUUUUGGAAAAAUUCAAUAUUAGAAAAACCAAAAGAUCGUGAAAUGGUUUGUCACGCUAGUGCAUGGGACUUUUAUGAUGGUAAAGAUUUUCGAAUUAAACAAUGCACACGAAUUACAUCGGAUUCAUUAUUAACUGCUCAUCAUGAAAUGGGUCAUAUUCAAUAUUAUUUACAAUAUAAGGAUCAGCCUGUUGUUUUUCGUGAAGGUGCUAAUCCAGGAUUUCAUGAGGCCGUUGGCGAUGUUAUGAGUUUAAGUGUCUCAACGCCUGAUCAUUUGCAAAAAAUUAAACUUUUGGCAAAUUAUACAAGUGACGAUAAAGCAUCAUUAAAUCAUUUAUUUUUGAAAGGAAUGGAGAAAAUUGUCUUUCUUCCGUUUGCUUAUAUUAUGGAUUUAUGGAGAUGGAAUAUAUUUAGAGGCGAAGUCACACCCGAUCAAUAUAAUUGCAAUUGGUGGAAAUUGUCACAAGAUUAUCAAGGAAUAGAGCCACCAGUUGAUAGAACAGAGCAAGAUUUUGAUGCUGCAUCAAAAUAUCAUAUAAUUUCGGAUGUGGAAUAUUUGAGAUAUUAUGUGAGUUUUGUCGUUCAAUUUCAAUUUCAUCGAGCCUUAUGCAUUGAAGCUGGUGAAUUUGAUCCAAAUAAUCCAAAAUCAAAACCACUUCACGAGUGUGAUAUUACGGACAGCAAGAAGGCAGGAAAUCGAAUGAAGGCAAUGUUGAAAUUGGGAUCAUCUAAACCUUGGCAGGAUGCUAUGGAGGUAUUGACAGGUCAACGAAAAAUGAGUAGCUCAGGUCUCUUGGACUAUUUCAAGCCUCUAAUGGAUUGGCUCACUGCUGAAAAUAAAAAAACCAAUGAAUAUAUUGGCUGGAAAAGCAGCACCAAACAAUGCGUGCAAACCAGAGGAGAACUUGUCUAAUUCUGUGAUAAAUGUAACAAUUCAAUAAAUAAAUCAUUUAUUUUGUAUUGCAUUGAUAGAAUGAUCAAAGACAUGAAAAAAAAACAAAAUUGCGUGAUUUCACAUCGAAAACAUUCCAUAAUACAAUAAAAAACAUCACCUUUCAUUUUAUCCGCGAUUAUUGCAUAAACUUGUAUUUUUUUUAAGUAUCUAACAAAUAAAAAAAGAAAUUCGAAUGA